AUGGCUGUUCCGGAAACAACAUAUGACUUUAUCGUCUGCGGUGGCGGCACAUCUGGAUGCGUUGUUGCUGCACGUCUUGCUGAAGAUCCCAAUGUCAAGGUUCUCGUCAUCGAGGCGGGUCAGCAUAACGAGCAUCUCGAGAAUGUCCACAUGGUUGGAGGAUGGUCUCUGAACUUUGACAAGGAGACUGACUGGAAUGUUGUCUCUACACAAGGUCCUGGUGUCAAUGACCGUCAAGUUAAGCUCAGCCGAGGAAAGUUCCUUGGCGGUUCUUCAGGAUGCAACGGCACCUUGAUGGUUAAGGGAAUGAAACAAGAUUACGAUGACUGGAACCUCCCCGGUUGGAGCGGUGAGGACUUUUUCAAGUACAUGGCCAAGGCUGAGCACUUUCACACAAAACCUUGGUUCAAGGAGACCAAGGGAUCUCACGGCCAUGAAGGUUUUGUCCACACUGAGCCCCAUGACUUGGCUCCCAUCUCCAACAUGAUCGCAGAGUCCAUGGUCUCAAAGGGUCUCCCCAUGGACCACGACAUGUUCUCUACAGGCGAGAACCCCCACGGAUGCGGUCACUCAGUUAGAACAGUCCACCAGGGCCUUCGUACCACAAGUGCAGACUUCAUCACUAAGCAAAAGCACAGAGAUAACCUCCACCUCAUGGUUGAGACUCACGUCGACAAGGUUGUUAUCGAGAAGGACGCCAACGGUGACCUCAAGGCUACCGGUGUUCGUGCUGUUAAGCCUGAUGGCACUGUUGUUGAGCUCAAGGCUGCUAAGGAGGUUAUCGUUAGUGGAGGAGCUUACUGUUCUCCUAACAUUCUUAACCGAUCAGGUAUUGGUGCUAAGGAGGAGCUUGAGCAGCACGGUAUCACUACCCUCGUCGACCUUCCCGGUGUUGGAAAGAACCUCCAGGACCACUUGAUCGUGUUCAUGUUCUACGAGACUGAGAAGGAGGGCAUCACAACUGACUCUCUCGUUUACCACGGCGACGCCCUGGCUAAGGCUCUUACUCAGUGGAAGGAGGAGAAGAAGGGUCCCAUGACUGCAUUCCCAUUCGGUAUCUUUGCUUAUGCCCGUAUUGACGAGCGUCUUAAGGACUCUGAGAUCUGGAACAACGCUCCUCGAAAGGAAGGUCGUGACCCCAUGGGCUUGUCUCCCAAGCAGCCUCAGGUCGAGUUUUUCACUACCGAAUGCUACGGCGGUCCUAAGCAAUUCGACCAAUUCCCCAUUAACGGAAACCACGCCUUCAGCAUGAUCGCUGAGCUCUUCGCCCCCAAGUCCCGCGGUACCGUCACCCUCCGCAACGCCGAAGCCACAGCCAUCCCCGUUGUCGACUGCAACUACCUCUCCGACCCUCUCGACCUCGAAGUCCUCGCCGAGGCCUGCGCUUUCGGCAACGAGAUCAUUGUCGAAGGUGCUGGUACAAAGGACAUCGUCAAGGGCUCGUGGCCUUCUGACUUGGUUCACCACAAGCACAAGACCCGUGAUGACUGGAAGGAGUAUGUCAAGGAUAACGCUACUACUUGCUACCACGCCAGUGGAACUUGCGCUGCUGGCAAGAAGGACAACCCUAAGGCUGUUGUUGAUGAGAAGUUGCAGGUUUACGGUGUUAAGGGACUGAGAGUCGCUGAUUGCUCUAUCAUGCCUACUGUGAACAACGGACAUACUCAGAUGCCUGCCUAUGGUAUUGGUGAGAAGGCGGCUGAUAUGAUUAAGGAGGCGUGGGCUUAG